AUGAAGGAAUAAAAUAUUAAAUAAAUGAAUUUUAAUUACAUUAAUGAAACUGGUCAAUAGAUGUCCAGAUUAAAGAGAAAUUAAGUUUCAAAUUUUGAAAACCCAGAGAUGUCAACUCUAAAAAAUAUAAGAUUGCAGACUUAUCCAGAUGAAAAUCAAGAAUCAGAACACUUACAUAAUUCCAACAAUCCUUCCGAGUAGUCUCAUGAAUCUAUUGAUCAACGAGAAGAAGACUCUCAUACAUUUUUUCCAAGUUUUAUUGGAUAAAAUCAUUCUAGGAUUUCAAAAUUAUUUUUUUUGUAGUACACAUCUUAUGCUUUACGACUAAAAAAUCAAGUACUGGAUAAAAACCAUAAAAUUACAGAUAAGCAUCUUCCUAUUUUAUCGCCAGAUGACGAUUUAAAACAAUUAAUAUAAAAAUCUUAAAAUCAAAUUUUAGAGGUCCAAGAAAUAACAUUUAUUACAUUAAUGAAACUUAUAUUUUUUGGAGAAUUGAAAUGGAUAACUGGAAAAUGCAUAUUUGCCUAUAUUAUAGAAUCAAUUUCUAAAAAUGGGAUUUCUUUUAUAAUGAAUUUAGUCAUUGCCAGUGUAUAGUAAAAUGAUUUAAAAAAUUCUCAUUUUUAUGGAAUAAUUCUAAUAACAUUAAAUUUCAUUUGUCUUUUGAGUAGACAUCACGCAGCUAAUUAUUCAAUGAUAUUUUCCACAAAAGCUCGUCUUAAUUUGAUAAAUUUAGUAUACAUCAAAUUAAUUGGGUUGAAUUCUUAUUCUUUUAAGUAAGCUAAUAUAGGGAAAAUCUUGAAUCUAAUAUCUGGGGACAUUAACACUUUGGAGCAAAUGUUUAGUAUGAUAUUUCCAAGUAGUGUUGUUAUUUUUUCAUUGUUUUUUGCUUGUCUUAUUUUAUGGGUAAGAUUUGAUGGUAUAAUUGGUUUAUUAGCUGUCUUAUUAUUAUUUAUUACUUACCCUAUAUAGGUCUUAAUAUCCUAAUUUAAUUAAGAAACCUUAAAGUUAGCUAAAAUUAGUUAAGAUAAAAGAUUGAGGAUUACAAAUGAAUUGGUAGAAGGAAUCAGAUCAAUUAAAAUGUAAGCUUGGGAUAAAGCAUUCUAAAAAAUAAUAAUGACUAUCAGAUAAAAUGAAUUUCUAUAUUUAUUAAAAAUACUUUUAAGAACAGUAGUUGAUAGAUUGCUGACCUAAACUUCACAUCUUUGGUCAAGUUUGUUGUAUUUUAUAAUCUUAUAUUAUGGAGAGUUUAAAGAUGAAAUGUAAGUAGCUGAAAUGAUUUCUACCAUUUAGCUUUUAAAUUCAUUGAAAAUAUCAUGCGUUUAUGUAGUUUCAAAUGGAAUUCAAGCAUACAUUUAAAUUAAAGUCACUUUUGAAAGAAUUGCAAAUUUACUUAAUCUAUAAAACUUUGUAAUGCUUAAAAUAGAAGAUAAUAAAAAAGAAAAUAAUAAAAAAAUAGAAAAAGAAACUGAAAAAAGUACUAUAGAAUUAAAUAAUUUCUGUGCAUAUUGGUAGCAUUUAGUAUCUGAAAAUGAUAAACCAAUUUUAAAGAAUCUGACCAUAAAUUUUAAAGAAGGAGAAUUAUGGGCUAUUAUUGGAAGAGUCGGAAGUGGAAAAUCAACACUCUUACAUUCAUUAUUAGGGGAAAUUCCAUCUUAUAAUGGAAUCAUGUUGAUUAAUGGUCAAGAUCCAAUAAUGAACAAAUUAAAAAUUGCAUAUGUUGAAUAAGAACCUUAUUUAUUUCCUGACACUAUAAGAAAAAACAUUCUGUUUGGAAAAGUCUAUAAUCAUGCUUUAUAUAAAAAAGUAAUUCAAGUUGCAUAAUUGGAAUCAGAUUUUGAAUUAAUGAAAUUUAAAGAUUACACUGAAAUUGGUGAAAGGGGUGUUACACUUUCAGGAGGAUAAAAAGCCAGAAUAUCGUUAGCAAGAGCUUUAUAUUAAACAGCUGACUUAUAUUUAUUUGAUGAUCCCUUAUCAGCUGUUGAUGCAAGUGUUGCUGAGAAAAUAUUUACGGUUGCUAUUUAGGAAUUUAUUUUUAAUUAUCAAAUUGCUCUUUAUCCAAAAAAAUAAAAACCUAUAGUAAUCCUAGCGACUCACUAAAUUUAAUAUGCAAUUAAAUGUGAGAAAAUUGCAGUGGUAAGCAAUGGAGAAUUAAUUUCCUAAGGAUCAUAUGAUUAGAUUAAACCUACCCUAAAUAUGAUUAAUAAUGAAUUAGCUGAUUAAUUGGAUAAAAAUAAAAUAGAGAAUAAAACUAAAGAUUAUUAAUAAUAAAAACCAUUAAUAAAAAAAAGAAAAAGAGUUUAAUUAUCAGAAAUUAAAAAUCUAAUUAUUUAAGAAUCUGAUAUUAUCAAAUAAAUUAUUAAAUUAAAUAUUUUAAUAUCAUCAUUUAAUUACUUCAUUCACCAUUUUUUAACCAAUAUAGCCAUGA